AUGGAGCUGGCCCGUUCCUCUGACUCCUGGCUCUCCAGCGGCCUCAUCACACUCCUCUUCCUCUGGCUGCCUGAACCCGUGUCAGGCGCAGGGGAUGCCGGCGAGUUCCACCUGGCUCCACUAGGGGGCACAGCCAAGCUGCUCUGCCCCGUCUCACUCUGGCCGGUCGCCGUGCCCGACGUGGUGAGCUGGCUGCGGUCCUCACCCCUGGGGCGCUCCCUGGCUGUGCACAUGUUUCGGGAUGGGAAAGACCGGGAGGAAGAUGUGAUGCCAGAAUAUAAGGGGAGGACGAACCUGGUGAGAGACGCCGGCGCGGGAAGUGUCACGCUGGAGAUCCGCGAUGUCCGGAUGGAGGACCGAGGGCUGUACCAAUGUCAGGUCCAGGUCGCAAAUCAGAGUCGAGAGGGCACCGUGACCUUGCAGGUUGCAGUUCUAGGCUCGGACCCUUACAUCCACGUGAAGGGCUACGACGCUGGCUGGAUCCAUCUAGUGUGCAGGUCUGUGGGAUGGUUCCCAGAGCCUCGGGCCGAAUGGAGAGACCCUGAAGGCAGGGUGCUUCUCUCCCUGUCGGAGGCCCAUUCCCUGGACGAAGCCGGGCUCUUUCAAACAGCAGUGUCCAGCAGAGUCAGGGACAGCGCGCUGGGGAAUGUGUCCUGCAUUAUCCACAACCUGGCCCUUGGCCAAGAGAAGACCACAGCCAUGGCCAUAGCAGCCCCGUCGCCAGAGAAGCUCUCCUCCUCAGCUGUGGCCCUUGCUGUGGUCCUUCCUGUCUUAGGGCUUCUCAUCACAGUGGGCAUUUUCCUUAUAUGGAAGCAGAGAAGAUCAAAAGAGAAGCUUCUCUAUGAACAGAUGAUGGAGGUAGAAAAUCUUCUCUCAGACCAUGCAAAAGAGAAAGGAAGGCUUCAUAAAACCCACAAGAAGCUCCGGAAUGAACUGAGGCUGAAAAGAGCUGCUGCAAACUCAGGCUGGAGAAGGGCCCGGCUGCACUUCAAGGCGGUGACCCUGGACCCAGACACAGCGCACCCCAAACUCAUCCUGUCUGAGGACCGUAGGCGGGUGCAGCUUGGAGACAGAAGGCAGCCUGUGCCCAACAACCCCCAGAGGUUUGACUUUGUUGUCAGUGUCCUGGGUGCGGAGUGCUUCACGGCUGGCUGUCACUACUGGGAGGUGCUCGUGGGGGCCAAGACCAAGUGGGCCCUGGGGGUGUGUAGUGAGGCAGUGAGCAGGAAGGGCAAGGUCACUGCCUCGCCUGCCAAUGGACACUGGAUCCUGCGACUGAGUGGAGGGAAUGAGUACCAAGCUCUCACGUCCCCGCAGACCGCCUUCCGCCUGAAAGAGCCCACACGGUGUGUGGGGAUUUUCCUGGACUAUGAGGCAGGAGUCAUCUCCUUCUACGAUGUGACCCACAGAUCCCACAUCUUUACUUUCACCCACAGUUUCUCUGGUCCCCUUCGCCCUUUCUUUGAACCUUGCCUUCAUGAUGGAGGGAAAAACAUGGCGCCGUUAAUCAUCUGUUCAGAACUCCAGAAAUCAGAGGAAUCAACUGUCCCCAGCCUGGAAGGAAAAGGCCAGCCUAAUGGAGAUGUGGCUGUGAAGGCAGACCCUUCCUUACUCCCCACUCAUGCCCUGGAGCUCAGGGAGAUGAUCAUGUCCUGGCCCUCUCACAAGGGCCCGGCCCUUCAGGGACUCAAGGUUCCUCCUUUUUAGGAACAUGCCUCAUUACCUGCUCCCCUGACCGUUCAGCCUAGUGCCCUGAACUGACACCUGAUUCUGGAACAUCUCAUCUUCCUUCUCCAAAUCCAGACCCUCUUGAGGUUUCUAUUCCUCCACCUUUCUCCCAGGGCCCAGCAGUAAACCCUAUGUUCCUUGGGGACUUGGAAUUCCUAUUGCUGGGAAAGAAUUCUUGAAAACCAAGUGAACCAUCAGAUUGGUUUAGGUGGUGAUGCUGGAUGUAUGUCACCCAGAUACAGGGAUUCCCUACCCUCGGGCUAUUUAGGAGAAUUCUAUCCUCCCCAUCUGCACUCAGGCUUUCAGUCAUGGAGUCAUGGUGCCCAGUCCCUGACUUCUUACUUAUUUCAUCAAGAAUUGCUUUUCCCCUUUCCUUAGCUCAGGUCUCUAGCCACUAAAGCCAACUUUUUAAAAGUAAACAUGCUUUGGGUCACAUACUCUUCCUUCAUUUUUUCUGGAAUAUGGGGCCAGGUGCUGGAGGAGUAAAACAUGCCAUUCUUUUCUAUUGCCUUGAUGCUGUUUACAACAUAGUUUGGUGACAUCCAGAGCUAAUGUACACGUUUUCAAAGCUAAUUUACCUGUUGAUAAUAACCAGGUGCAGGGUUACUAACCUGUAAUCCUGAAAAGCCUCAGGAGCAUGAUCAGAGAGUUGGGAAGCACAACAUUAGACCGAGCAGCCCAAGUGUGUGGCUUGAAAAGACAGCAAUGGAUGAGUCAGUCUAUUGUGGAUUUAGAGAGGCCCAGCUAGAAGAAGUGGCAGUUUUAACCACUAAUGUAGAAACUUUUUUCUGGAAAACUUGACUGUUUGUGUAGCAAACAACCUGUUAGGUCAGAGAGUAUUGAUUUCAAAUAGAAAGUUGGUAGACCAGGUAUGAGGAUAAAAUGGUGAUUUUUUUUUGGUGUGGAUUGCAGAAAGAAGCCUAGUCACUUUCAGGUCACACCACAUAGGUGAUCUGGCCUCUUUGUGGAGACAUUGGCUAUCAGUUUGCUGACAGGUACACAGCUCGAGCCAAAGGAAAAGAGAUCUUUCUGUCAGCAGAUCUCUCUUUUAGUGCCUGUAUUAGUCAGGGUUCUCCAGAGAAACAUUAUAUAUAUAUAUAUAUAUGGGGUGGGGUUGGGGAUUGAGAUUCACUAUAGGGAAUUGGCCCAGUGAUUAUGAAGACUGGCAAGUCCCAAGAUCUGCAGGGUUGGUCAGAAGUUGGAGACCCAGGGGAGCCAAUGGUUUAGUUCCAGUUUGAAGGCUGACAGGCUUGAGAUCCAGGAAGAAUCAAUAAUUAAGUUUGAGUUUGAAGGUAGGAAAAAAGUUGAUGUCCUAGUCUGAAGGCUGACAGGCUGGAAGAAUUCUCUCUGACUAAGGAGAAUGGUCAGUCUUUUGGUUGUAUUCAGACUUUCAAAUGAUUGAAUGAGGCCCAACCCACAUUAGGGAGGGCAACAUGCUUUAUUAAAUCUACUGCUUUAAAUGUUGCUCUCCUUUCAAAACACUCUUACAGAAACACCCAGGAUAAUGUUUGACCAAAUCUCUGGGCACCCCAGUAGCCCAGUCAAGUCGACACAUGGUAUUAAUUAUCAUAGUGCAUGAGUGGAAGUCAUUUGAUUUUGUAUAAUUCUUAAAUAAAAGUUUGGUAUUCAUUGUUUGGCAUGCUGUUAUUUUUAUUAUGAAUAAUGAGUUGUGGGGAAAGAUUUGGGGCUGAAAGAGAAAAGCAAAUUAUGGAAUUGGUUUUGUAC